GCUAGCAGCAGCUAACCGGAGCUCACCGACACUUUCUGUCUCCGGUGAUCUUUAACGAUGAUCAACGAUCAGAGGAAACCCGUCAGGCCGUGAAACGUCGGUGCUUCCGGUCAAACAGUGUUUCCUGAAGUCCUCAACCUGACUCACUUCCUGUCUGUCAUCUCGAACCUGACACCAGGUGGUGCUCAGUGAUCCGUCCGUCAGACUAGUGGUCGUUAGAGGAACUGCUGGUGUUCCUCUGAACCCCAGGUCAGCUGAUUCCUGACGAUGGCGCGUCACAGUAAACUGCAGAAGCAGAUCCUGACUCUGUACCGCCACUUCCUGCGGGCCGGGCGGGACAAACCGGGCUUCAUCCCCCGGAUCCAAGACGAGUUCAGGGAGAACGCUCGCAUCAAGAAGACGGAUGUGAUGCACAUCGAGUAUCUGUACCGGCGAGGACAAAGGCAGCUGGAGCAGCUGAAGGACGUCAACACCAAGCAGCUGGGCUCCUUCUCCAAACCCCACGACCAGAGCUGACCUCCGACCUGCAGCCACGUCAUGUGACCUCAAACACCAGGAUACCUCACAAACACGCUGCGUUCAAGUACAGCAGGAACUCCAGAGCUCAGUGUGAAGAACAGUCGAUGUGAUAAAUGUAGAACUUGGAAACUUCAAGUGACUAUGGGUGUGUGUGUUGGGGGGUGAAGUAAGCAAAUGCUGAAAAAAUAAAAGCAAGUAAAAUUAA